UCCCGGCACUUUUCUCACAGCGGCGAAACAGCAACCGGCGUGGACGCGGCUGGAGGAGUCCUCGCAGUGUGAAUUACAUUUGUUAUCAGGUUGCUACAACUUUGAGCGAAGGAUAACACGAGAGGACAACUACAGCAUAAUAUAGUGCGACAUCAUCUUUUUUUUGUUGUACUGAUGCUGGGACGUUGUUAAGCGCUUAGUAAAUUUUCAGUGUGCCUCUAGUCUUCUCUCCAGCUGACCAAUGCUUCUGCAUCAGUUCAUGAACGGAGCCCUGGAAGUCAUGCAUCCCUCACCGCUUCAGAAAGACACUACUUUUACCAAAAUCUUUGUCGGCGGGCUGCCAUACCACACGAACGAUGCCUCACUGAGAAAAUACUUCGAGGCCUAUGGGGACAUUGACGAGGCUGUGGUGAUAACGGACAGACAGACCGGUAAAUCCAGAGGAUACGGCUUUGUGACAAUGACUGACCGAGGAGCAGCAGAGAGAGCCUGCAAGGAUCCCAACCCCAUAAUCGAUGGCAGGAAGGCCAAUGUCAACCUGGCCUACCUGGGUGCCAAACCCCGCAGCAUACAGACAGGCAUAUCCAUCGGAGUGCAGCCCAUUCACCCAGCACUCAUCCAGAGGCAGUAUGGGAUGGCCCAGCCCUACGUCUACCCACAAGCCUUUGUGCAGCCCAGCUUGGUGCUGCCCACUCAGGUUUCCUCUUCCGUCAGCACCAGCCCUUACCUGGACUACAGUGCAGCCUACACCCAGUACGCCCAGGCAGCCUUUGAGCAGCAGUACCCGUAUGCCGCCUCCCCAGCUGGCUUCUUGGGCUACAGUUACGCCACCAGCCCCUCAGCCGCCACCGGUCCGGCUGCCGCCGCCACAGCUCCUGCCACCGUCCACCCCACCCUCCCCUCUGCCACUGGCCCGGCCCCGGCCUUCCUGCACUACGCCCCACAGCAGCACAUCCAGCCGGACCGUAUGCAGUGACCUUGUGAAGGAAGAGGAAGCGGUACAGGUGGAUGAGGAUGAGGAUGAGGAGGAGGAGGAGGAGGAGUGAGUAGUGGUUAGAGUGGACAGAGGAUGGCAAAACGCCCUACAGGGUGACCAGCUAUCGUCAGCAGGGGCUUUCAGGAAAAGGGGUGGGACUAUUGCACUAUACGAUCAGGAUGAGCCGUUUGCUCAUUGGUUAAAGGGUAAAAGGGGUGGGAGGGGUUGGAGGACUGUCGAGGUUCAGGUUGGGAAGCUAAACAGCAAAAAGUAUGUGGUCGCUUCCAAGGGCUUCCAGAAGCUGACACUUCAUUUUUUAUUAUUAUAAUUAUUAUUAUUAUUAUUAUUAUUAUCGUCCUUUAUUAUUGUAUUAAUGUCAUUGUCAAUGUUUGUAUGCCAUUAUUAUCAAUGUUAUCAUGUUGUUGGCUCAAUCAGUGGGGGAUGUGUGUGUGUCCAUGGUAAUUGAUGAUUAGAGAGCUGUCUGGGACAUGUAACACCUCUUUCCUCCCGACUCCAGAGUAUCUGGAGUGGAUAUAAAUGGCACUGCUGCUUUAGGACACUGGACACUGACAGUCAGAGAUGUGGGGUGCAGGGUGAAGACAGCGUGGUGGUUUUUGGCAGUAGGGGCAUACAGCCCAGCCUCUCAGCCUCUGUGGUCCCACCCUGGUGCCAUCCACAGUGAGGUAGAGCACCGACCACUGACCCAUGAACAAACCUCCAGCGUUCAGCUCCACACAGGAAGAGCGACAAGAGAUUUCACCUCAAGGACAAACAGAAAGUUUCAGUAUAUAAGACAGUGGGCGCUCCAUUGUUUUGAGACUGAUGUCAGGACUAUACAAUUUUUUUUUUUUUUUUUUUUUAUAUAUUCUUUUUAAUUUAAGAGGCCUUAAUAAAAAUAGAAACUCCUUUUUGAAUCUCUUGAUUUUUCAAGCGCCCCCCCCCCACCACAGAACCAAAUGCAGAGAGCUCUUUGUAACUGGUCUUGCAGCAGUCAAGUCACAUUAAUCUGGCUUUCUUGGGUCUUGAUGAUUUCAAAUGGCUGUAGAUAAUCACAUGCAGUAUGUGGGUGAUGGGGACCAGGAGCGCUGUGUAUCAAUGUUGAAAGGUAGCUGACACUGAGCUCAAACACCAGUGUAUUUUUUUUUUUUUUUUUUCUCACUGAGAUUGUCACAAACUGUUGCUCUCAAAAGGACAUUCAUGUACAGCAUUUUAAAAUGUUUUCAGUCAUCAAGUAGCUACAUUUACAAUAUUUAUAUGUAGGUAUUUAUAUCAGGUACUAAGUUAAAAUAGCAUUUUUUUUUGUUUUGUUUUUUUUUAACUAUGACUCUAGUUGUGGCACUGAUGUCAUUUAACCUGCAGAGACAUACCUGCAGAUCCACAGGUAUCGUAUUCAUUUUGUUUUUUGUCCUGUCACCAUGUCUGUGGAUGUGCACGGCAACUACAGUAGAUGCUUAUUUGUAGAUCCUUGACUGGUUGCAUCAGAAAUUCUCUAGGUUUUUUUUUUUUUUUUUUUUUUUUCAAUAAAAUGUCUUUUACAGGCCCUUCAAAGAAGCCAUACCAAAAAAAAAAAAUAAAAUAAAGACUUUGUACUCAAAGAUGCCUCUUGACUUCUUUGAUUGUUAAAAUGAAGCACCAAAAAUAAGUCAAAAAGGGAUCUUAAUCUUGUCACCCAGUGUUCAAAAUGCCACCACUUGAGUUAUUUGUGUUUACAGUACGCAAUAUUGCAGUGUCACUGUAUUCACAACAAAACUGAAAUGCAGAUCCUGCUGUGAUGAUACUGUGAAAACCCUGUGGAGUGAAAGGGUUCAGUGUUGUGUGUGUGUGUGUGUGUGCGCUUGUUAUCAAGGCUGUAUGUGCUGUUAGAUCCUGUAGAGGGGGGAGGGGAGCAGAGGGGGUCAGGAGGCCCAGACUUUUAUCAAGCCACAGCACCACCACCUGCCAGGGGUGCUGGGUGUUCCCUCGGGCCAACACUUUUGCUUUCGUUCUUUCUCGCUGAGAGUUUUGUGUAAGGGAAAAAGAGUUUGUCAGAAAGUGGUUUGAAGCCCCGUUACCCAGAGCUGCAAGCAACAGUUUGUUUUUUUUGUUUUUCUUUCACUCUGCUAAACAAGCUCAGCUAGCUCUGUUUCCCAGCAGCAUCUCUACAUGUUUGUGCUUACUUCAGCUUCUUUAGAAGAUGUGUCACUUCUAAACCCCACUUAGGCCUGGAGAACAAAACACAGGCAAGGUUGUUAGAAACCAAAACACAUCCAUUAUCCUUUUUGUCCUCACACAGGGUGUAAUUUAUCCACCCUAUAAUGAUUUAUAAUAUGGCCUCGAGUUCAGUGGAUGUUUUUGUAGUGCUUUGUUUUGAUUGAAAUUCAUUCAGACCUUAUAUUCUCAUGAAAUGCUGCACUUACUUACAUGGACACCCUGCCCUCAUCAGUGAAUUCCAGUUCACAUGAUUGUUUGUAUUUUGUUCCGUCAUAGCUAGGUUUUCUUUCAAACCAUGCCAACUUUAUUAAAGGGGUACUCCCUCAGUUAGGUUUGGGGACAUGCAAGAGACUACAGCCAUACUAGCUGUGAGGCUGUACUUAGGCACAGCAGUGCUUUGAGCUAAAUGCUAACAUCAACAUGCUAACAUGCUGAUGUUUAGCAGGUAUUUUUUGACCAUGUUCACCAUCUUCGUUUAUUUACAUUUGCUAAUUAUCACUGAACACAAACACUGAGGCUGGUCAUAAACCAAAGUACUGAGCUAAAAUUUUAACCUGAUGAUUACUUGAAAGUAAGAGAAUCACCAAAGUCAUUACAAUUCAUCUUGAGAGGGACAUAAAUGUCUAACGAAUUUCAUGGCAUCCAAAAGUUGUAGAGACAUUUCACUCAAAACCACAAGUGUCAACCAUGGUGCUAGAGGGAAAAGUCAGGGGAUCACCAAAGUAAGUAGGCUUUCUCCUCCAUGGACCAUGAAUGGCUGUAAAAAAAAACAAAAAAAAAAAAAAAAACCUCCAUGUCUGUACACAGGAAAGCCCUGUCAAUCAUCAAUGACAAAACACAUCCCCUCCACCCUGAGUUUGAGCUGCUCCCCUCAGGGCCAUGCUAUAAACCCCUGGCAAAGAAAAAGAUCUACAAGGGUACUUUUAUCCCAAAUGCAAUUAAUGUGCCCAACAAACUACAGUGAACUUAAAUAUGUGAGGCUGAACACCAUGGGUAUGAAUGCACUGACUGUUGUACAACUGAGAGAUUCUUUGUUCUGUUAAUGUGAUGUUUUUAUCUUGUGGACAUGUUUGUGUUGAUAUCUUCCUGUUUGAGACCAAAGACAAUUUCCCUGCCUCGGCUGGACAAUAAAGUUUAUUCUAUUCUAUGGCAA